AUGAGUAGGCCUGCAGGCGAAACGGAAGACAACUUCUCGGCCGAGAGAGACAGUCCCAAAUCCUCAGUGUUCUUGUUACUGAGGCUCAAGGUGAGCGAGGUGAGCAAGGUGAAGAAGGUGAAGAAGGUGAAGAAGGUGAAGAAGCACGUGAUGGCGCGCCCGGACCCGAUAAGGACGACCUCCAGAGAAGUGUCCUCUAAUUCCAUGUGCCAAAGGCUCGGCCAGCCACCUUGGACCCCCGGAUCGACAGCUGGCAAUAAACCACCAUCUCGAAGCAACCCUCGCAACAACACCUCGUUCGCGAUCGCAGCCCUCCUCACAUCCGUCACUCCCUACCACUUCACGAUACCCGGACGCGGCCACCCGAAUACUCCCAGUACCACAGGCACAACUGACGAACCCGCGCGACCUUGCGACGACACAGACAAACCAAUCCAACAUCACCACGUCUACACAACCACACAACUACCGCCCAACAUGACAGACCUCACGCACUUCGACCUCCUCCCCCUUCAACUAGACCCCCAAUCCAAAUCUCUCUCCUCAACCUCCUCCUCGCGCGCCCUCGCCGCCGAGCUCUCCCAACUAAACGCCCUCCACCGCUCCCUCAUCACCUCCGACACAACAACCCAGCACGGCGUGCCCCCGCCGCCCAUGCCCGUGAACCCCAAACGCUCCGCCCAAGUCGCCAAGCUCCGCGACAGCGGCAACGCAGAGUUCCACAAGAAGAAGUACGGCGACGCCAUCAAGUUCUACACUCUGGGCCUGCAAAUGGCCCUCACCCGUCCGCUCUGGGAACCCUCUCAGCUCGUCCGCGAGGAGGUUUCGGGUUUGUACGCCAACAGGGCGCAGGCGCACAUGGCGCUGCAGCAGUGGGCAGAGGGGUCUGUUGACGCCGAGGCUAGCGUCGAGGCGCGCAAGGUCGGCAACGCAAAGGCGUGGUGGCGCCGUGGAAAGUGUCUGAUGGAGAUGGGCAGGUUGGAGGAGGCGAGGGAGUGGGUUGGCAAGGCUCUUGAGUAUGAGGGCGAGGAGGGCGAGCUCGUUGCGCAGUACAAGGAGAUUGAGGCCCGUUUGGAGAAGGCGUAA